AAAAUAAUUAACAGCUGAAUUUAUUCCAUCGCUCAAGAACUCUUCCAAGGCAGCGUUAAUCUUUUGCUAAAAAUUUAUAAUUUAUCCGCGCCAGAACUCUAAAUCAUUUGCGUCUCCCGUUGCCUUUUGACUUUCCAGGUAAUCAGCUAGAAAGAUGGCUAAGCAGUAGCAGUCACAUGUCGUCGGAGAGCUUAUUUUUUUAGGAGCGGGGUCGCCGCAGAGCUUUUCGGUCGGUUGCUGCAUUUAAGGAUGGGUGCGUGCUUCAGUAGGAGUAAAGUCAGACGGCAUCUGCCGUCGGGAUUCGCACAAGGUUGCCGAGAUCCUCCGCCGGAGCCGGAGGCGCCGCAGGAGGAGGCAGUGAAAGAAGUGCUCUCCGAAACUCCGAGGCUGAAAGCGUCUCGGCCGUCCAAAGUGGAUGAUAUUGGAAUCAAGAAGGAAGGGGGCAACGAAAUCGGCAGGGAUGACAGAUCGGAGGGGACUUCGGAGGUGGGCAGCACCAGUGAGAGCUUCUCUGUUUCUACAUCUGUCACCGAGGUUACCGGGGAGGAGCGGCAUGUGCCAGCGUCUCUAGCGAAGUUUCAGCGGAAGAGAUCGAGCUCCUCCGGCGACAUCCUAGGGAGAGGAUGCCAGGCUCGGCACAGGGAAGGCGGCGGUGGCGGAGGGAAAAUGUACUCGGCGAGGAAUGCGUCAACGGCUCCGAAGAGCCGCGUAAAUUCUUUGUGGCGAGACCCGGGGGAGAGAUCUGGAAGGAGAUCUGUGUCGCCGGUGGCUAAGCCAAGCAUCGGGGGGCAGUGUAGGGGGAUUUCGGCGGUGAGGGCGAACGGGAAGUCAUCUCCGCUGCGAGUCGCUGGGGGCGAAGCGGUACAAGGCUGCAGAUUCGGCGGCGUAGGCGUCGGCGGCGGCAAGCGGGCGAUAGCGCAGGGUAUGGUGGAAUGCGGAGGAUCAGGAACGGCUAUCGGGGGCAAGGAAUCUCUGGAAAACCCCCUUGUCGCCCUAGAAUGCUUCAUCUUCCUCUAG